AAUGGCUUAAUCUAGUUUUGAUAAAUCCCAAGCUAAGUUGCUCGAAUGCAUGAUUAUUACGUUGGAGCCUAUAGAUUGCGUUUCUAAUUUUGUUUUCCUUUACAAAAUUAAUUAAUUCAGUCCCUCUCUCUCUCUCUCUCUCUUCGAUUUGGGAUUCUAGGGUUUCUUGUUCGAUUUGAGUUUGGAUUGUGGAUGGUGGUGUAAAUGUGAGAAAGUUCGUGAUGUUAAAGAGGCACUACUACUCCAACGCCAUUCUCCACAGAAUCAUCCCACGAUUCGUUUCACAAUCCCUAAUGUCUGCUUCUUCCGAUCCCUUUCUUCUCCGAUCAAUCGGGAACCGAUUGGGUGGAGGUUACGUUCACAGGCUCGAUCCCGUUAGAUUUUACAACAACAGAACUGGCUGUAAUGGGUUGUUCAAGGUUUGUAAAGGCGGAAAGCAUAAUGGGUUCGCGUUAAGAAGCUGUUUUGAUUCUUCUCACAAGAAGGCUGAUCAAAAGGCUCGAGCUUUAGCUCUGUUGCAUCGCCGGCUUCUACAUGUCCCCAGGGAAGAACACGGCGGCGGCGGAAACACAGACCUAGCGGAUGGUCGUGGAGUUGGUAAUACGACGAGGCUCCAAGGGAAUGAUAAGAUUGUUGUGGCUGUUGAUAUAGACGAGGUUCUUGGAAACUUUGUCUCGGCCCUAAACAGGUUCAUUGCGGACCGCUAUUUGUCAAACCAUUCAGUCUCAGAAUACCAUGUCUACGAGUUCUUCAAGAUAUGGAACUGCUCUCGGAAUGAAGCUGACAUACGUGUUCAUGAAUUCUUUAAGACAUCGUAUUUCAAGAAAGGGAUCCAUCCUCUUCCAGGCGCCCAUAACACUCUUCACAAGCUCUCAAGACAUUGCGAGCUUUCAGUUGUGACGUCCCGGCAGAAUGCGAUAAAGGAUCACACACUUGAGUGGCUCGACAUGCAUUUUCCUGGACUGUUUAAACAGAUUCAUUUCGGAAACCAUUUUGCUCUUCAUGGAGAGUCUAAACCCAAGUCUGAAAUCUGCAGAUCAUUUGGAGCAGAGGUAUUGAUUGACGACAACCCGAGAUAUGCAGAGGAAUGCGCUAACAUUGGAAUGAAGGUUCUCCUCUUUGACUAUGAAAACUCAUACCCUUGGUCUAAAACUGAGUCUGUGGAUAGACAUCCUCUGGUGACUAGAGUUCAUAAUUGGGAAGAGGUGGAGCAGCAGAUUCUCUCAUUGGUAGUAUCAAAGUGUUGAAACAUUUUUGCAAUUUGAUAAUGUCAUUUUGCCAGUGCUAAACUAUAGUAUUGAUGCUUUCAAGUGACAUUAUAUUGUACAAACAUGAAAGAAGCAAAAAAAGAUGGAAUUAGGUAAAACUGUAAUCUUUUCGCACUAAGUUAAAUGUUUUAUUUUUCUAAA